AUGCUGAGUAGAAUCAGUAAACUAACCCAACUAAUGAUAAUGAUUCAUGGAUUGAUAGCAGCUGUUAUUUCAAAUAAAUUUCCACAAAUAUUAACUCAAACAUAUAAUCAAACAUUGAAUAUAUCUGAUACAGCUAUUUUAACAUGUUAUGUGAAAAAUUUAGGUAAUCAUCAUGUAACAUGGCUUAAAUAUGAUUCAAAUACAUUAACAUAUUUACCAUUAACUGUUGGCGAACAAGUAUUUUAUUCUGAUACACGUUAUUUUGUAUCAUCAUAUUCAACAUCAUUAGAUAAAUCAUAUUGGAAUUUAGAAAUUUCAAAUGUUAAAUUAUCUGAUGAAGGUAUAUAUGAAUGUAAAAUAUCAAAUCGUCGUGGUAGUGUAUCAAUACAAAUUUAUUUACAAAUACAAAUACCAAUGACAAUAAAACCUUCACGUUUAUAUGUCGAACCAGGUUCAUCUGUUGAAUUAGAUUGUACGAUAUAUAAUAUAAAUACAUCAUCAAUAACAUGGCAUUUUUCAAGUUUAAAUCAUACACAUAAAUAUAAUAUUUAUCAUUAUGAUAUAUAUGAAAAAUAUCAUAAUGAAAAAAAUAUUUCUAAAUCACAAUUAAUUAUACGUCAUGCACAACCACAUCAUUCUGGUUUAUGGACAUGUACAUAUAAAAGACAACGAAGAAGUGCAAAAAUUUUUGUUGAAAAAGAUGAUCCAGAUUUAAUAUUAAUGAAAGUAACAGUUAAUUAUGGUGACUAUUGGGAUUCACCAAACAGUAAAAUAGUGCAAUUAUAUGCAAUAGCUGAAGCAGUAGCAACUAAAAAUCCUAAAGCUCUAGGUAAAAAUGAAAAAAUUCAUUUUCAAAAGUAA